GGAAGGUGGCAAAGAGAGAGACAGACAGACAGACAGAGGCGAAGGAUCCUCCAUUGAAGCCCCUUCCUCUCCGGGACGAAGAAGGGACAUUUGGAGGGAGAGAGCAUGGCUUCGGGGAUCCCUGGCGCCGGCUGCAGGGAGGCAGCGCUUUGCCUCUGGAUUGUCGCCCACUUCGCCGGCCCAGCCUCCGCCGCCCUCCCGGCCUCCCAAAAAUGUGAUGAGCCUUUGGUUUCUGGCCUAGCCCCCUCCUUCUUCAUUAGUUCAUCAUUUAUGCCAUCGGCAUCAAAUAGCUAUGCACCUGGAUUUGCAAAACUAAACAAAAGAGGAGGAGCUGGAGGCUGGUGUCCAUCAGACAGUGACCACUACCAAUGGCUGCAGGUGGAUUUUGGGAACAGGAAACAGAUCAGUGCUGUUGCCACUCAAGGCAGAUACAGCAGCUCUGACUGGGUAACCCAGUACCGAAUGCUUUACAGUGAUACAGGGAGAAACUGGAAGCCAUACCAUCAAGACGGAAAUGUUUGGGCCUUUCCAGGAAACAUAAAUUCAGACAGUGUGGUGCGUCAUGAUUUACAGCAUCCAGUUAUUGCUCGCUAUGUUCGAAUACUUCCUCUGGACUGGAGUGAAGAGGGUCACAUUGGGCUGAGGAUUGAGGUGUAUGGCUGUCCUUAUUGGGCUGAUGUUAUCAAUUUUGAUGGCCAGGGUGUUUUACCAUACAGAUUUGGACACAAGAAGAAAACACUGAAAACGCUGAAAGAUGUCAUCGCUCUGAAAUUUAAAACCUCUGAAAGUGAAGGUGUAAUCUUCCAUGGAGAAGGCCAACAAGGAGACUACAUCACCCUGGAACUGAAAAAGGCAAAACUGGUCCUUAAUUUAAAUUUAGGUAGCAACCAAUAUGGCUCAAUUUAUGGGCACACAUCUGUGACUACAGGUAGCCUCUUGGAUGACCAUCACUGGCAUUCUGUAGUAAUAGAGCGUCAUGGGAGGAACAUCAACCUCACACUUGAUAGACACCUACAGCAUUUCCGGAUCAAUGGGGAAUUUGAUUACUUGGACCUGGACUAUGAGAUAACAUUUGGGGGCAUGCCUUCCUCUGGGAAGCCAAGUUCAAACAGCAGAAAAAAUUUCAAAGGCUGCAUGGAAAGCAUAAUCUACAAUACUAAUAAUAUCACCGAUAUGGCCAGGAGGAAGAAAUUGGAGUUUUCUAGUGUGGGGAAUUUAAGCUUCUCAUGUGUGGAGCCCCAUACAGUGCCGGUCUUUUUCAAUGCAACCAGUUUUCUUGAACUGCCUGGCCGUCCAAACCAGGAUGUAUUUUCGAUCAACUUUCAGUUUCGGACAUGGAAUCCAAAUGGACUACUGCUUUUCAGCAAUCUCGCUGAAGGACGGGGAGCUGUAGAGAUUGAUUUGAUUGAGGGCAAAGUCAGCAUUCAUAUCCAUGUCAAUGUCACUGGGGACAAGAAGAAUCAAAUAGACAUAUCUUCAGGUGCUGGACUCAAUGAUGGGCAGUGGCAUGAAGUUCGGUUCUUAGCAAAAGAAAAUUUUGCUGUGCUUACCAUUGAUGGAGAUGAAGCCUCCUCGGUUCGGAGUAACAGUCCUCUUAAAGUUUUGACAGGAGAAAAAUAUGUGUUUGGAGGUUUCCUCCAUCAGUCCUUCCAAGGCUGCAUGCAACUUAUUCAUGUGGACGAUCAACUGGUGGAUUUGCAUGCAGUAGAACAAGGAAAGCUGGGAAGUUUUGCCAACAUCAGCAUUGAUAUGUGUGCCAUUAUUGAUCGGUGUGUCCCCAAUCACUGUGAGCAUGGAGGAAAAUGCACUCAAACAUGGGACAGCUUCAGUUGCUCCUGUGAUGGCACUGGAUAUAUUGGAGCCACAUGCCAUAACUCUAUUUAUGAACUUUCUUGUGAAGCAUAUAAACACUUGGGCAAAGCAACAGGUUUCUACUGGAUAGACCCAGAUGGCAGUGGUGCAUUGGGACCUUUGAAGGUUUACUGCGAUAUGACAGAGGACAAAGUAUGGACUACUGUGCAUCAUGACCUGCAGGAGCGAUCUCCAGUGGUAAGCAACAGACCAGAGAAGCAUGCUUUGAUACAGCUAAAUUACAGUGCCACCAUGGAUCAGAUCUCUGCCAUCACCGAGAGCGCUGAGUAUUGUGAACAGUUCAUCUCCUACUCCUGUAAGCUGUCAAGGCUUCUCAACACACCAGAGGGUAAUCCAUAUACCUGGUGGAUUGGACGUGCCAAUGAAAAGCACUAUUACUGGGGUGGCUCUGGACCUGGCAUUCAGAAAUGUGCCUGUGGCAUCGAACGUAACUGCACUGAUUCCAGAUACUAUUGCAACUGUGAUGCUGAUUCUAAACAAGAGAGAAAAGAUUCUGGCCUACUAUCUUACAAAGAGCACCUACCUGCCAGUCAAGUGAUGGUUGGAGACAUUGGUCGGCCUGGCUCAGAUGCCAAGUUAACCGUGGGCCCUCUGCGAUGCCAUGGAGACCAGAAUUACUGGAAUGCAGCAUCAUUCAUCACUCCAUCUUCAUAUCUUCACUUCUCCACCUUCCAAGGAGAAACCAGUGCUGACAUUUCUUUCUACUUCAAAACAUCAGCCCCUGAUGGAGUGUUUCUUGAGAAUCUGGGAAAUACAGACUUCAUCAAACUUGAGCUAAAAUCUGCAACAGAUGUGUCCUUUUCAUUUGAUGUUGGAAAUGGCCCAGUAGAGAUUGUUGUGAGGUCACCCAGUCUACUCAAUGAUGAUCAAUGGCAUCGGGUUACUGCUGAGCGGAAUGUCAAAGAGGCCAGCCUACAGGUGGACCAGCUCCCCAAAGAGAUCCGUAAAGCACCAACAGAAGGCCAUACCCGACUAGAAUUGUAUAGCCAGCUAUAUGUUGGUGCUGCAGGUGGACAGAAAGGAUUUCUAGGCUGCAUUCGCUCUUUAAGAAUGAAUGGGUUGACACUGGAUUUAGAAGAAAGAGCAAAAGUCACACCAGGCGUAAAAUCUGGUUGCUCGGGCCAUUGCACCAGCUUUGGAAUGUACUGCAAGAAUGGGGGGAAAUGUGUUGAAAAAUACAAUGGAUACUCCUGUGACUGCUCCAGUACAGCAUAUGAUGGCCCUUACUGCAAAAAAGAUGUUGGAGCAUUUUUUGAAGAAGGAAUGUGGCUGCGAUAUAAUUUUACAAAUGCAGGGAACAAUAUGAAGGACUCAGGUAGCCGGACUCUUUUAAGCUCAAAAGAACCAGAGAACACUAUGCCAGAUCUCAGCCUAAAUAAAGAAGGGCUCAGUUUUAGCUUCAGCACUAACAAAGCUCCCUGUAUCCUUCUGUACAUCAGUUCAUACUCCCAGGACUACAUGGCUGUGCUGGUGAAUCCCUCUGGAAAUUUACAGAUUCGAUACAACCUUGGAGGAACAAAAGAGCCAUAUAAUAUCAAUGUAGAUCACAGGAAUGUUUCAAAUGGCCAACCACACAGCAUUAACAUCACACGGAUAAGAAAGGAAUUAACUCUCCAGCUGGACCACUAUCCCCCAGUUACCUAUACCCUUCCAGGACCAUCAAGCCUUCAGUUCAGCUCACUGAAGUCACUGUUUCUAGGGAAAGUAAUAGAACUUGGAAAGAUUGAUCAAGAGAUCCGUAAAUAUAAUACACCAGGAUUUUCUGGCUGCCUGUCCCGAGUGCAGUUCAACCAGAUUGCCCCACUAAAGGCAGCUUUGAGAUCAACGAAUAUCUCCUCUCAUAUCCACACAGAAGGAGAACUUGUGGAAUCCAACUGUGGAGCAAAUCCACAAACCAUUCAGCCAAUGUCUUCAGCAACAGAUCCUUGGCAUUCAGAUUCAGGUGCCGAUAUCCCUUAUAAUGGGCAAGUGAUAGGAGGUGGUGUUAACAGGAAUUCAGCAAUUAUUGGAGGUGUGAUUGCUGUUGUGAUCUUCACCAUUCUCUGUACUUUGGUUUUUCUAAUUCGCUACAUGUUCCGCCACAAGGGGACCUACCACACCAAUGAAGCCAAAGGAGCUGAAUCUGCUGAAAGUGCUGAUGCCGCCAUCAUGAAUAAUGACCCUAAUUUUACAGAAACCAUUGAUGAAAGCAAAAAAGAGUGGCUUAUCUAAAAUGGGGUGGGAGAAGCUGGUUUGGAAGUAGGGAUGGGGUGGGACUGGGAAGACUUUUUCAGCAAGAAAAAGAGAGCUCUCUUAUGGACUCUUGAGCACAUCUACUUUUAAAACAAGGUGAUCAGCACAACUGGAGGAGCAAAUGACAGACACUGAGACUGGAAACACAACAGCAUUUCAAAAAAGUACUUUUUAAUAUUGAUUUACGGUGAAUUGCCCUUUCUUGUAUCCAUCUUAACCAAGAUCUUAAUUUAAGAGGUUCAAAAUUGGUUCAUGCCUGUCAAUAACCACUUGUCUUCUUUGUCUGUGGCUAGAGAUGUUCAAAUCUACCUGUUAUAACAGGACCCACUUUUCUAUAUAUUUUUAGAAGCCUCUUAAGAUGUAAAUAUUUCUCUCCCAAGAACAGCAAAUCAAUCUCUGAAGCCUGGAACCAUUCUUCUCUAACAUUCUUACAUAGAUCAUUUCAUAGAGAGGAAACAGUAACAGCUAGGUUGUGCUCACUUAAUGUUUCAGUGCUACUCAUCUUAAUGCAUGAUUUAAAAGGGUCAAACUUAGGCUCAUCUGACUGCACAACAGACUUAAAAUGGCAUAACAGUCAUUCAGUCAUCCCAGCAAAUUGUGCCAACGUUUGUUCUAUGACAGAGAACCUCUGAUGUCACCUUUUAGUGGUGUGAGAAUAGCUGCAUCAUGACCUGAUCACCUCUGAUCUUGAAGGCAACAUGGGAAGAAACCACACCUGUUUAUCUCCCUGAAUCUGGCAUUUUAGGGUGUGUGCUCCUCCCAUGUGAUUGGGAUUUUCCAACUUUAUUGAAUUAUGAAGGUGGAAAAAACCAAGAUGGCUAAACUGCCACACCAUUAAAAGUAAUAUUGGGAAAGCCCUAACAAAGAAUUCUCAUCAAAGUAUAAUUUCCAGGAUUCUUUGGAGAAAGCCAUAACUAUUAACUAGCUUAAAGCUGAUGUAAUAUAGAAUUGCCCUAUAAAACAAGAAAACUGGACUGUAGGAGAGAAAAAAUCACAUUCACCUGUUUUCAAAAAACCAUCAACCUGUGCCAGCAUUUUGAAAUGUUUCUGAUGUGGGCACAUGUGUACAGUAUAGUAGUUAUAAAUAAUGUAAAAAAAUUGUAUUAUCAUUUCUGUCAUUGUCAGAGAGAGGUAUAUUAAAACAUAAGCCUUACUUCUUUUCUUGCUCAAAUCAGAGGAUUCCAUUUAGUUCUUUUACAACUCUGCUGAGCACAUCAUGGCACAUCAGUUCUACCUGUAACAUAAUGGCAUAUGCUGUAUGUAUGUAGACAUAUAAUAUGGAAUUAGAAACAGAUUUUACAAGUCUAUUUGCUUCUGUUUCUUAUAUAUAGGCUGUUGCGGAAAUAUUACUACACUUUUUAGCAACCAUGUUUGAUCCAUGAGAUUUCAUGUAAUACAUAACUAUUUUUUUCUCUUUUUAAUCUCUCACUGAAAUCUUGUGAAGGAUUAUUGUGAAGCCAUUUUCUUUCAAGAUGAAAGGCAGAAACAAAGAAAUUGGUUAGUCCUAUGUGUAGAGAAAGCUGCAGAACUAUACAGACCCAAAGCAUGGCUGUUUUUUAAUACACAGAUUUGCCAAUUUUUAUCAUAAUCUCUGUUAAAGCCAAUUAGAGGGCAGAUAAGGCAAUAACAAAUGCUUCAGGGAUAAGAGUCACAUUAGAUUAGUUUAUAUGUGCACAUCACUAAAGUGGAGAUCUGGGACCAAUUGAAAGCCAUGGUUGUGUGAAAGGGCUGUCUUAGAAUAUAUACUGUGGCUUGAGCUUUCUUGUAUUGUGAAUGCAGUCCCAAGCAGUGGCGUUGUGCUUAACAAAUUAUGACAGAGCCAUUGCUCUGCACUGCAAAAUCUGAAAUGGUUUUAAACUGAUUGAACCACCAAAAUUUUCCCAAAGAAUCCUGCAAAAUUGUAGCUCUAUGAAUGUGAAUUCUUAGUUGUCCAUUUCUGGGCCUUUCACUCAAUUGAAACUUUUUGUGUUACUUGAUUGAGAUCUGUGGCAGUUAAACAUGUAUGAAUCCUGUUGAAUCUGGUUUAAAUGUUAAUUGUGUAGAAGAUUCAUAUCCCUUCAUAACAACCACUUUCACUUGAUCUUGGAAAAAAGGCCCUUCCUUACAGUAAAUACAAGAUCACACAGUGAUGUUCUUUGAUGGUCAGGGUUUUUUUUCUUUUCAAGAAUUUCAACUGCUGAUUAAGAAUAUCCUCCACUAACAAAGCCUUAUGGAAAGUUGUAUAGUGCAACUUACUGAUGAUAUAUCAAUUUUAUGGUCUCUUGCUUAUCAUGUGUUUUACAAAUUGAAUUAUUUCUUGUGAAAUGGUUUUAUGCCUAUGAUGGCUGUGGAUCCAUGUAACCCAUCUGCUCACAAUUUUGGUAUGCACAGCUUUGAAACAUUUCUAUUAUCAAUUCUCAGAAAGGUUGACUGGAAAUCCAAAAUAACUGUAGUUCAGUGUACUAAAGACUACUAUUCUCUUUUA